ACAUCUGUGUAAAAAGACUUUGAUCGAAAGAGGAAGUAAAAUUUCAAAAUGUACAUUAACUUGAGAAUAGAAGUUGUAUUCAAUACUUUAGCUUUAAAUCCGCCGAACUGCAUGGAUAUAUACUGUGGCUUUCAUUAAAUAUACAUUGUGUAUUACAGGACAAAACCGGGCAAAAUGUUUACGUUUGUAAAGUUACUACUGAUCUACACUGUCAUUCACAGAACAGAAUCUAUUCCAACAGAGAUCAUUCAAGCCAUGGAUGAUGUGUUAUAUGAGAUUUCCGACUAUCAAUAUUUCCUUUCAUUGCCUGAACAAGCAACAUAUACAAUGAACAAUGGACAACCACACCCUUGUAGCUGGUUACCGGCUUGUAUUUGUAGGAACGAAUCUGAGUACACAAAUGGUACAUACAUGACAAUGGUCAACUGCACACAAAGCGGGCUAAGUGAAGUUCCAGAGACCAUUCCUAGUACAACAACUGUUCUCACACUGGAUGGUAACUCGAUACAAAAUAUCAAACCGGGAGCCUUCAAGAACUUAGUCUAUCUAAAAUAUCUCGAUCUUUCAGAUAAUUUUGUGGACACACUGAGCGAAGGUCUGUUUGAAGGACUCGAAAAUCUUAGGACACUUGAAUUAAGUGGGAACAACAUCCGGUACAAUACAUCUUCACUACCUGAUUCAGUUUUCAAACCGCUAAAAAAACUUGUACGCUUAAACCUGCACCAGAAAUUGAACAGCGUUGAUGAAAAUGAAAAGUAUCCGGCAAAGGCAUUGUUGGAACUUAAACACUUGGAACAACUUUUGAUCGACGGUAUAGAAACUGAAAAUAUAGCUACCACUUUUUCAUUUAUGACGAAUUUAACGACACUUGACUUGAGUAGUGAAUAUGGUAGAUGCAGUUUGAAAAAAAUAACGGCCAACAUGUUUAAGGGUUUAAAUAAUAUCACUGAUUUAAAAAUCAGUAACUGUAGCCUAAACUAUAUUGAGAACGGAAGUUUUUCUGGAAUGGAAAGUUUAACCAACCUCGACUUGUCAUACAACGAGAAACUGCAUUUCAAAAGCUUGGCUAAUAUAACAUAUGGCUUACAAGGAAAGAACAUUACAGAACUGAAACUGGUGAAAAUACACGAAACUUACGGGGACUGUACUCGAAUAGAAGCUGACCAUCUUGCCUAUUUUAAAGAUGUACAAGUAGAUAAUGUAUAUCUAGACAAUAAUCGCCUAGCUUACGUGAGCGAGGACGCCGUGCAGUAUAUCCCUAGAAGCAUACACAAACUUUCUGUAACAAAUAACAUGCUUCUAGCUGGCGAAUAUAUACACGAAAUGUUCAAACAGGCGGUGUUUCGGAACCUGAAGUACCUCACCAUGGCUGAGCAAACAAUGAAAUUUGACGCUCUCAAGUUCUUUAAUAACAAAACAAGACACAUGUUGAAAUCUAUAGCUAGUACAUCCAAUUACUCAGUAAAUUUAGGACAAGCAGUGCGUAAAGACAAAGAAAAUUUCAGAUAUGAAAAAGAACAUCAAACUGAUGCACCAUCUACCAUGUUAGACAAAGAUUCUCUUCCAUUUUGUGGCAACUGUUAUUUACAAGGAAUAAGUUAUGACAUAAUAUUAUAUAUUCCCAAAGACUUAAAGGAUUUAGAUUUCAGCGGAUUACAAAUUAGAAACGAGCUGAAAAAUAUUUGCAUUUGUGAACAUAACUCACUAGAGAGACUCAAUUUAGAAAGGAAUGUAUUCUGGAGUUGGCAAGGACCCAUUGGCGGACUUUCCAAUUUGUUGAGCCUCAAUCUUGCCUGGAAUUCUUGCGACAACUUGUCACAUGAUGUCUUUGAUCAGAUGACAAGUUUGAUACAGCUUAAUUUGACACGAAAUUUCAUUGAACGCUUCUUAAGAGAAGAUACAGAAGGGCGUAUUUUUAAAUAUUUGAAAAAUCUCCGUUCUUUAGUGUUAAUUGACAAUAAAAUUACAUCUCUUCCGCGGAAAUUGUUUCAAGGUUUAACAUCGUUAUCGGUCCUUGACCUCUCUUACAAUUUUCUAACGCAAAUAAACGUGGAAUUUGGACAUACAAGUCCACUACGAUUCUUAGACCUUAGCAACAACCUCUUAAACAACAUUGGAUCAAACAUAAUUGAAAAAUUUGAUUACGACAGAAAAAUGAAAUUCUAUUCACCGUAUUGUUACCUUGACCUUUCAAACAAUAAUCUUUCAUGUGUCUGCAAGGACAUCGAUUUUGUUGCAUGGGUUUCACGCACAAACGUUAAUUUACGAGGUUUAAAUGAUUAUACGUGUACGUACAAAAAUGGUAAGUUAAAAAGGUUGGCUUUAGCAUCCGAGUUACAUCAGGAAUUGCUGAAGGACUGUGCAGAUUAUACAGCGGUGAUUGUAUGCUCGUGUUUGGGGAUUAUUGUAUUCCUAAAUGUUUCUCUUGGUGGUAUUAUAUACCGAUACAGAUGGGAUAUGAGGUAUUUCUAUUAUUCCAUUAAACUGAAAAUGAAUGGAAAUAAACUAUCGAUCAGUCAGAGGGAAGAGAAAAAAUACAAGUAUGGUGCAUUCAUCUCAUAUGCAAAUGAAAAUGCUUUAUUUGUAAAGAAUGCCUUAGUUCCUGAACUUGAAGACACACGCCAACUUCCGCUUUUGGUGCAUGAUCGAGAUUUCGAGUUAGGCGAGUAUGUCUAUGACAACAUCAUGCAAGCAAUAAAAUCCUCACGUAAGACGCUGAUUUUAAUGAGUAAAAACUUUCUAAAGAGCGAAUGGUGUAUAUUUGAAAUGAAUAUGGCAAGACUGGAAGGAAUAAAGACCGGAAGAAAUGUCGUCUGCUUAGUAAUGUUGGAAGAAGUACCUCUUUCCGGGUUGCCCUUGGAAAUAUUAGAUAUUAUACGAGAACAGACCUAUCUUGAACUACCAACAGACAUACAGCACUCGGAUAUGUUUUGGGAUAGAGUUCAUGGUGCUUUGAUAAACUAAGAUAAGAUAAGACAAGAUAACAUAAGAUAAGAUCUGCGUCUAGCGAAUUUUCCGUCUAGCCAAAAAUGGCCUGACCUAGACAUUCUUGUCAAAUCAGUGGCUGUUAUAAAUGUAAUGUUAUAUAUAUGUACAUUUUAGCAUGCUUUGUUCCUGGUACUGAUUUGUGAAGAAAGAAAGUCCUUGGACAGGAACAUUAUGUCUGUCUCACAGAUUGUACUUUUAUUUUCAAUCGCAAUGCUUAAGAAGUCAGUUUUUGUGUAGCAUAUGUUGAUAUUUAAUCAAUACCAGUCAAGACAUGGAUUUUAAUUUGACUAAAUGACAACCAUAAUUCUUUCAAACUGGUACUUUCCACGCUAACUAAAGCCGCUCUACCCACGGCAAUAACUAACCAUAUGAUUUAUUUACGUUAACAAGUGAAAUACUAACAAUCCGUUUCACCACAAUGUAGGCUUUCGUGAUAGGGUUUUUCACUCAGAUAGGCCAUGUGAGCGGCUCUGAACCAUAUGAAAAUUAUUUCCAAUUUGUUUUCUUUACAAUCAUACCAUGAGCAUAGAGACAUAAGUCAGUAUUGUGAUUUCCCGGCUUCGUAUUUGAUUUACUGUCGUUCGUACUUCAGCAAACAAGUACCUUUGUAAUAAUAUAGUUUAAAAGAGUUUAUUCACAAUUAUUUGAAUGUGACAGUCAAAGAUUUGCGAGUCGAGACUUUAUACUUUUUGAAAGUUUAUUUAACAAAUCAGUAAUAUACUGUUGUCAAAUUAUUUAUAUGGACCCAUGAUAUAACUAAAAAAAUGGUUUAAACAUAAAUUCAAAGUAUAUUUACUUUUGGAACUAACAAGAAUAUGUAAAAGUUAGGAGUAACCGCAGUUGUGUUAACAUUGACAUACAGUUACGUAUUAGAAACAAAAAAAUGACUGACUGCCUGCCUUCCCGACCCCCCCCCCCCCCCCCCCCCCCCCCCACACACACCAAAUUUGAAAAGAAAAUCAUGGAACAUCGGGUAUUUCGUAGCACAAAGGCCGAGGUGAUCAAAUUGUCACAACCCCAAGCAUCUGUGGAUUUCCUUUUAAAAUGUACUCAUACCAAGUCUCUGUCGCUAAAGUACAAAACUAUCAUUGACUUUGCUUGAAAUAAAACUCUAUUAUUUAAAUCUUUAAAGUAAAGUUAUAAUGUAACGCACGCACGUACGCUUUAUAAAACAAAAUGUAAUAUCAAUCCUACACCAUUGUAUCUUAAAAUAAUGUAAGGUCAUAACGACCGCAAGUUUAAGUUGAUGUUGAUCAAAAUUAUACUUCCUCAUUGAUGUGUUUAAAUAAGUCGGAUGUUAUUAUAGUGACAAUUAAAUAAAUAUAAUGGGCGCAUUCCAUUCAUCAUUCCGGAAUAAGUUUAUGAUGCUCUGACAGAAUGUACCGCUCCUUAACAAAAAUGGCGUAUAUAUUAUGACUUUCUGUGAUGAUGGUAAAAAAUGACAUUGUCACUCCUAUUUUAUUAGGAAUGCCCUUUGUAUGCAUACAAAAUCUUAUACUUUUAAACAUGCGAUCCAAAACUAGAAGAAAACUUGGAAAAAGAGAAGAUGUAAUGAUCAUCAUGAUGUGUGUAGGUUAACUGGUUGUCAUAAAUUGUGUCUGUGUGCACGUGCAUGGCGUGCCGUUAUGUGUGUUUUGCGCGCGCGUGUUUGUGAGGAUAUUAUGAGUAUGCUGAUUAAAGAUAAGGUUUACCAGUUCAAGUAUAGUGCGUAUUUCGCGUGUCAUGUUUUCUGUGCCAACCAUCACCCACAUCAAGUGAGCGAUUCUAUGCACUUCUACUAUGAUCCGACAAUGCACCACUUCAUUGCUGCAACAUCAAACACGUGUUUCAUGGUUUACUUGACACAUUUAGAACAAGACCAUGUGCACACUACUCAGGGAAUAGAAGAUUUAGAGCUGAAGAUGAUGAGAGAGUGGCUUGGUAAACUUAAUGAGGUCAAAGUUUAUCACGAUGACACCCAUCUUCCACAAAACAUCAAACACUGGUGCUCAAACAAAGAUAUUUUCCUUCUUGAAAGAAAUAUGACUGUGUCAGGCACGCAGAUCUCACCGCUGGCUUCAACCAUGCCAUGAGGACAGCAAUUGUAAAAACUAUUUGCGAUAAAAAAGAUGUUUAUA